AAAAUGCAAUGAAAUUUAAUUACAGUUCGGUGAACAGAGAAUGAAAAGUGGUGGAUAAAUAGAAGCGAUUUUUGUUUAUUUUUUUUUUACACCACAGAGAAGCCGGACCAACUAUACCAUCUACCAUACUAUAUAUAUUUCGACGCUUCGCUCACCAUUUUCGCCAUUAUUCACAUCCUAUAUAGCAGCUGUGAGUUGAAGUAAGACGGAUUUAUGUUUACCAUGGUAGUAUCAUAUAGUACUAACUCUGUCCAACUGUGAAAUGAGGAGUACAGACCGAUAUUUUCUAUGCUGUGAGCGUCAGUUUAACUUUAUCUUCUCGUGAGUUAACAACUGCGUCACGUCACGGAAUACUUUGUCGUUGAUUUGGGAAUAAAGAAGAAAUGGUGUAAAGUGAGACGUGUGUGAAGUAGUGUUGAGUUGAAUUAAAGUAAAUUAGUAAAUGCCCUAAUAUACUACCAAUGUUGACAACUAAUUAAAUUAUGAAAGCAUCAGAUACUGAAAACUUUUGAAGUUGAGAAGUAAUUAAAUAAAUUAGUGAAGUGGUAAGAUUGCAAGAAUCUCCAUCUAGUGAUGUGAAUGAGAAAGACAUUUAGUACAAUUCUAUGCUAAUGACAUUGUAUGUUCAGCGGAGAAGAAAAGGAAAAAUUGUUUGCUUCAUUUAUCAAGAUAAAAGAUGAAAGAUCUCUGAGGACACGGUGAGAAAGUGAGUUUGAAGAGGAAAACGCUAAGGGUGUCGACAACGAUAAGAAUCAAUUGGCAGCUCAAGUUAAAUUGAAGUGUUUGAUGUUGUCCGUUGGAAAUCAACACAUUGAUGGAAAUAAUGUGAUAAAUGCUUUCACAUUCUCACUGUGCUAGCAUCAUUUGCUAGUUCACCAACAAUAUAAACACAUAAUUAAUUCAAUAUUAUAAAUUACACAGUUCGUCUUCUCAUAUCCACUUAUUUUUCGCUAUAUAAUGAGCCUAUAGAGUGCGAGUGCCAGUGCCACAAAUAAACAGAUCGUGAAAUUUCAGAACUUGUAUUAAUAAAAUAGAAACAAUAGUGUGGUGGUAUAUCGAGUGGAAAAAAAGUCUUGAAAGUAUAGCGGAAAAAAUUACAUAAUUUAUAACAAUCACGAUCAAUUAACCACUGUAAUUGUGAUGUCUAAGUCGAAUCAACGUACUGCCUCAUCAACUCAUUGCAAGAAUUACCAACAGUGGCAUCAUCAGACUGCCAUUAGACGCCACGUGCUCUCUGGUGGGCACGGGUGCUGAUUUGAGUAUGGAUUGUGGAUAGAUUACUUUAUGCAUUCUUAAACGUGGUUUUAUUAUACCACAUAUAUGUGACACGUGGGUUUCUUCAGUGAAAUUUCAGUGAUUUUAUACACAUUAGUGCUCUAGAUAAUACCUCAUCAUAUAGGCAAUUUUUCCUUAACAACGAUUACUUCGUGGGAUUAUCAUGUAUCCAAGUGCAGGAAUUAAUGCUGCGGCUGCUCGUCAUCCGGGUCCGCCACAACCGGGACAACCUUUCAAAUUCACAGUCGUUGAAAGCUGUGAUCGAAUAAAGGAGGAAUUCAAUUUUCUUCAGGCUCAGUAUCAUAACCUGAAGAUGGAAUGCGAGAAAUUAGCACAGGAGAAAACAGAAAUGCAGAGGCACUAUGUAAUGUACUACGAAAUGUCCUAUGGACUAAAUGUGGAGAUGCACAAACAGACGGAGAUCUCAAAACGCCUCAACGCCAUUAUUGCCCAAAUAGUACCUUUCUUGUCCCAGGAGCAUCAACAGCAAGUAGCCACGGCUGUUGAUCGAGCCAAGCAGAUAACAAUGACCGAAUUGAAUGCUGUGAUUGGGCAACAGAGGCCCGAUUUACCACGGUUAUUGCAACAGAUGCAUGCACAGCAGCUUCCAACGCACGCGGGGGCACCACCAAUGCCAAUUGGUAUGCCACAUCCAAGUAUAGCACCCGGUGCCCUAGGUGGACCUUUAGGGUUGGCCAAUCCAUCUGGACAACAUCCAUUAUCCAUUCUAAAUAAGCAAGAAAUUCAUCGACCAGAGGAAUCGAAAAGCAGCAGCGGUCUCAGUGUACCUGAAGAUCGUCACAGAAAUUCAAUUUCUCCAACGGAUCGAGAGAAAUACCGACCUAGAUCACCUGAACAGCAUGAGUUGAAGAAGGUGAAAAAGGAAGAGAAGGACUUGGGGCAUCAAUCCGAUGGGGAGAAAUCUGACCAAGAUCUCGUUGUUGAUGAUGCAUCAGAAUCAAAUCCCAUGUCUCCAGUUCCCAAUCAGCACCAUAGCAAUGGUACAGCAUCACCACGAGAAAAUGGAUUGAUGGUGAAGAAAUUGGAUCAUCAGGAUCGUGAUCGUGUAGGAGGACCACAUUCACCGAGAUCCGGAACAUCAUCCAAUGCAUCAACACCUUCUAAUAAAAAGCUCGAGGAUAAACCAUCGACGCCAAUCUCAAAGUCUGUAACACCCACCAAUUCAAGUUCUAAUGGCCAUGCUGGUGCUCCUCCAGGUAGUGGGGUAGUCAAGGCUGUGGCUAAAGCACCUGUACUCAAUCCUGGCUACCCUCACUACUUGGGACCGCUCAAUGGUGCUGCACCCCAUGAACUCCAAGCUGCCUAUGGAGCACCUGUACACAAUAACCUCCCGCCUGCUAUCAAUAGCUACCCACGUGCACCUCUUCAGGUUGGAUUCGAUCCUCAUCCACAAAUGCGAGCACCGUUGGGACCAGCUAUGGGUGCUAUUCCCGGUGGAAAACCGGCAUAUUCUUUUCACGUGAGUGCUGAUGGGCAGAUGCAGCCAGUACCCUUUCCUCCUGACGCUCUAAUUGGUGCCGGAAUUCCACGGCAUGCUCGUCAAAUAAAUACUCUGUCUCAUGGUGAAGUAGUGUGCGCUGUGACGAUCUCAAAUCCCACCAAGUACGUUUACACGGGCGGAAAGGGAUGUGUGAAGGCCUGGGACAUUUCGCAGCCUGGAAAUAAGAAUCCGGUGUCGCAAUUGGAUUGCCUACAACGUGAUAACUACAUUCGUUCCGUGAAGUUGCUGCCUGAUGGACGGACACUGAUUGUGGGGGGUGAAGCAUCAAAUCUAUCAAUAUGGGAUUUGGCCAGUCCUACUCCUCGUAUAAAGGCUGAACUGACAUCAAGUGCACCUGCGUGCUAUGCUCUUGCCAUAUCACCUGACUCCAAGGUGUGCUUCUCGUGUUGCUCGGACGGUAAUAUAGCUGUGUGGGAUCUCCAUAAUCAAACGCUGGUCCGGCAAUUCCAAGGUCAUACCGAUGGCGCCUCUUGCAUUGAUAUAAGUGCAGAUGGGACAAAAUUGUGGACAGGAGGUUUGGACAAUACCGUGCGUUCUUGGGAUCUCCGUGAGGGCAGACAAUUGCAGCAGCAUGACUUUAGUUCGCAGAUCUUCUCUCUGGGCUACUGUCCUACUGGAGAGUGGCUGGCAGUGGGAAUGGAGAAUUCCAACGUGGAAGUUCUUCAUGCCACUAAACCCGACAAGUAUCAACUUCAUUUGCACGAAAGUUGCGUACUGAGCUUGAGGUUUGCUGCAUGCGGCAAGUGGUUUGUGUCCACAGGAAAGGAUAAUUUACUAAAUGCUUGGAGAACACCCUAUGGAGCCUCGAUCUUCCAGUCUAAAGAAUCCUCAUCAGUGCUUAGCUGCGAUAUUUCUGCAGAUGAUAAAUAUAUUGUGACGGGAUCAGGUGAUAAGAAGGCUACAGUUUACGAGGUCAUAUACUAAAGGGAAGAAAAUGACUCCUUUCCUGAACUUCCUUUUUUUUUUAAAGACAUUUGGCCGAAAAUGUAGUAAGAAAGUUUGUUUUCUUUUUUAUUAAAAAUCACAAAAAAGACGCUUAAUUCUGUAUGUAAAAUUUGUUUUUGCAUAAAACAAAUAUCAUUGAAAAAAAAAAUGAAGUCGUGCAAGGCAUUAACUCAGCACAGUUGACUCAUUCUUGCAUUAGAAUGAGGAAAUAAUGUCAAAAUCUCUAAAAUAUAAGUGUCUAAAUAAGUGUUUUUAAAAAAUAUAUAUAUAUAAUAGAGAAUAUAAAGAUAUACAUAA